CGGCGGCGUCUCAUCGGGCCAAUGAGCGGCGCCGUCUUAGCGGCGCGCGGGGGAUGGAGUGCGCGGCCCGGAGCCGCCACGGCGCGCGCCCCCCGCGCUAGGGCCGGAGCGGGACCGAACCCCCCGAACCGCCCCAGGACCGCCCGCACCGCGCCCCCUCCGUGCGGCGGGGCCGCCCGAGCCGCGGGCCUCGCUCCGCCGCGGGGCUGCCCUCGGCCCGCUCAGCGCCCAGCGCCGAUUACACAGCGUUUUUGGGACACACCUCUGUUGGAUUUUAAUAUAUGUCCUGCUAAGAAGAGCUUUCAACUAUGGAAUCGGGAGGGUUGAAGGACUCUAAAACCCCGGGUGGUGGAUUCGAGCUCUG